GGCAGCCCCCGGCCCCAACCCGGAGGGAUGCGGAGUGGCGGCGGCGGCAGUGGCGGAGACUGUGGCUUUAAGAGCGCGCCCAGAGCCCGGGAUCCGGCCGGGCGGUCCUUCGCUGCUGCGCACCCCCGCGGAGCCGAGCUCAGCGCUGGCCGGACGGGGCUGCCUGCUGCCGGGCUGCUGAGAACCAGCCCUCGACCUCUGCUUGAGGGUCCUUCCUCUGAAGACAUCACCAGCGUGUGGAGCCUGCCCCACACCCACCCCCUGCCAAACCACGGCCUUUACCUGUGUCUUCCGGUGUUUCCCGUGCGACCCAUCCUGUGGGAGUGCCUCGUGGGCUGCCCCGGAGUUCACCCCACGCUCAGCAGCACCAAUGGUGAAGAUGACAAGAUCCAAGACUUUCCAGGCAUAUCUGCCCUCAUGCCACCGUACCUACAGCUGCAUUCACUGCAGAGCCCACUUGGCCAAUCAUGAUGAACUUAUUUCCAAGUCGUUCCAAGGAAGUCAAGGACGAGCAUACCUCUUUAACUCAGUAGUGAACGUGGGCUGCGGGCCUGCAGAGGAGCGCGUGUUGCUAACAGGACUGCACGCCGUCGCCGACAUUUACUGUGAAAACUGCAAAACCACUCUGGGCUGGAAAUAUGAACAUGCCUUUGAAAGCAGCCAGAAAUAUAAAGAAGGCAAAUACAUCAUUGAGCUAGCACACAUGAUCAAGGACAAUGGCUGGGACUGACCAGAGAGCAUCUGCCCAACCCCGUGUCCACGUGAACGCCAUCCAACUGAACAUUCUACCCAAGCGUGAGAGAGUGACUGAACACUUGGUUCCAUCCAUUUAGGGGCCUUGCCAUCGGGGGGCAUUCUCCCACCCUGACGCCAUCUUGCUGGUGACCGGCCUCUAAAUCGCUGUCUCUCUGUCUCUUUGCUUUGUCUCUGUUUGUGAGUUGAUCCUGGCUUCUCUCUCUGUUCUAGUGUUAGCUGAAAACAAAACAACGAAAGGAACAGAUGCCUGCCCGCACGGUGGCAGCCCCCUUGGAUGAGGGCCCCAGGGCCUGGGAAGAGCCGCCUGGUGGCCUCUUGUCAGGAGAGCAGUGGCACAGCACGGGGGUGUGAGGAAGAGGGGGACCGUGAGGGGCCCAGGUCAGAUUGCCUCAGGUUCAGGAAGAGGCUGGGAAAUCAAAUCUUAAACACAAUCAACCUAACGUAUUUUUUUUAAAAAGAGUCUGCCUCAAAUGAGGAAACAUGUGAGUGGUCUAGGUGGAGGAAGGAGAUAUUCUUCAAAAUUAAAAUACAGUCAUGAAAUCUGCCAGCAGUGAAUGGUAAAGCCAAGAAGAAACAAGCUGUUCUCAUAUUACCAAAUUCCGUCUGCCUGUCUGUUUUUGUAUAACAUUUUGGUUAAAGCGAGCGUCACUUCCCUUUGCCAACCUGCAGAGACUAUCUUUCAAUACAGAAUCUGUCUAUUUAUGCUUGUGUUUACAAACUGUAUUUGUUGGGUUUGGGUUUUGUUUUUCCUCUAUCUUUUAAGUGGCAUUUUCAGGUCACUUUGCUUCAAUAACAAAGAUAAUUUUCAAGUAAUUUGUCUUCACCUUUUCCUGUAUUUGUACAUAGUAAUUCAGUAUUAGAGAAAAGUGCAUUGUUUCUGUCAUAUUUCCAAUCUGUGUUGGUGCUCAUUUGAGAAAAUAAAGUUUUCCAAUAUUAAUUUUU